AUGGCAUCUGCAUCUGACCAGUCUGUUUACCGGGCCACAACCACGGCCCCCGUUAACAUUGCCGUUAUCAAAUACUGGGGAAAGCGUGAUACCACUCUUAACCUCCCGACCAACUCAUCUCUUUCGGUCACUCUUUCUCAACGCUCUCUCCGCACCUUGACCACUGCCUCCUGCUCUGCUGAGUAUCCCACUGCGGACACCCUGAACUUGAACGGCAAGCCUCAGGACAUUCAGUCUUCCAAGCGUACCCUCGCUUGUAUCUCCAACCUUCGUUCUCUCCGUAAGGCUCUUGAAGAUGCCGACUCUUCGCUCCCCAAGCUCUCUGCCCACCCUCUCCGAAUUGUCUCCGAGAACAACUUCCCCACCGCUGCGGGUCUAGCCAGUUCCGCUGCCGGAUUCGCUGCCCUGGUCCGUGCCGUUGCCGACCUUUACCAGCUGCCUCAAUCUCCCAAGGAGUUGAGUCGCAUCGCCCGCCAGGGCUCCGGAUCUGCAUGCCGUUCCCUCAUGGGCGGAUACGUCGCCUGGCGCACGGGCGAGCUUGCCGAUGGCAGCGACAGCUUGGCUGAGGAAGUUGCUCCUGCGUCUCACUGGCCUGAGAUGCGGGCUCUUGUUCUCGUCGUCAGUGCUGAAAAGAAGGAUGUCCCUAGCACCGAGGGUAUGCAGACUACCGUGGCCACCUCGGCCCUUUUCGCCGAGCGUGCCCAGAAUGUUGUCCCUGGUCGUAUGACUGCUAUCGAGACUGCUAUCCAGGCCCGCAACUUCCACGACUUCGCCGAGAUUACUAUGCGUGACUCCAACACCUUCCACGCUACUUGCCUCGACUCCUGGCCUCCUAUCUUCUACAUGAAUGAUGUCUCUCGUGCUGCUGUCCGCCUCGUGCACGAUAUUAACAAUGCCGUUGGCCGCACUGUCGCUGCCUACACCUUCGAUGCUGGCCCCAAUGCUGUCAUCUACUACGAAGAAAAGGACUCUGAGCUCGUUGCUGGUACCGUUAAGGCCAUUCUUGGCUCCAACUCUGAGGGCUGGGACGGUGUUUUCUACGAGAGACUUGCCGGAAUCACAGCUCCAGGUGUCGCUCUUGAUAAGAUCGACCCCCGCGCAGUUGAGGUCCUGAAGGACGGCGUUAGUCGUGUUAUUCUGACCGGUGUGGGCGAGGGCCCUGUCUCGGUCGAGGACCACCUUGUCAGCGAGACAGGUGAGAUUCUCAGCACCCUCUAA